AUGCCUCGCCGUGGCGCACCGGGGUCGCAGCCGCGGCGGCGGCGGGGACGGUGGGAGGGGGACGCGGGGGGGCCGAGAGCGGGGGUUUGCGGAGCGCAGCUAAAGCUUGUCCCCGUGGGGCCGGGCGCACUUUUCCCCGUCUUCUCCCGGUGCGCUCCGGAUCGCCUGGGGCCUGAGAGGAAACUGUCGAGGCAGCAGCGGGGGCAGGUCACCCGGGGCGCCGGCGAUUAUCUGGCGGCCCAGCCGGACUACUUCCACCCGGGUGGGGGCAGCCCGGCCGCUGCCUACCAGGCCGGCCCCCCCGCUCCUCCGCACCCUCCUCCGCCGCCGCCUCCCCCCUGCGGCGGGAUUGCCUGUCACGGGGAGCCCGCGAAGUUUUACGGAUACGAUAACUUACAGAGACAGCCGAUUUUUACGACCCAGCAAGAGGCCGAGCUGGUACAAUAUCCUGACUGUAAAUCGUCCAGUGGUAAUAUUGGCGAGGACCCAGACCACUUAAAUCAGAGCUCGUCUCCUUCUCAAAUGUUUCCCUGGAUGAGAGCACAAGCUCCUGGUAGAAGAAGAGGAAGACAAACGUACAGUCGUUUCCAAACUCUAGAGCUGGAAAAAGAAUUCCUUUUUAACCCGUAUCUGACCAGGAAGAGAAGAAUUGAGGUGUCUCACGCCCUAGCCCUCACUGAGAGGCAGGUAAAAAUCUGGUUCCAGAACAGAAGAAUGAAAUGGAAAAAGGAGAACAACAAGGACAAAUUUCCAGUUUCCCGGCAGGAGGCAAAGGAUGGGGAAAGCAAGAAGGAAGCUCAGGAACCGGAGGAAGACAGAGCCGCUGGCCCAACAAAUUAACCACCACCUUCACGUUUUUUUUUACCAGACUAUUAAAGCUAAAGUUCAGCACAUGCUGAUGGACAUCCCGUUCUUCUCCUUUGUUGGAAAGGACCUUACCUGUGUUUCAAGCUACCUUCAUGUCCCUGCUCUUGAGGUUUUUGUGCUUUGAGACCGAUUUGGGAGUUAAAAGAUGGGGGGCUGGGGUGGGGUGGGAAGUGUCUAGUACUGCACAAAAACAGCCCUGAGCUGUCCUAUGCAAUGGGUCAUUUGAUAGUGACCAUGUAGCUGUAUUUUUAUAAUGGUAGUUGUUCAUGUCUGAGCUGAUGAUUUGCCUCAACAACGUAAACUUCCUAAUAAUUAGCACUAAAUAAUUGAAUACAAGAUGCUUGAUAUUAAUCAAACAAGUGCAAUUGAACAUUUAAAAUAUUUUCCUUAUGGUGAGUGAAUUAAGAGACGUCUAUUAAUUUUUUAAUUAUGCCUGCAGACUAUUUCCUUUAUAUUAUUUGAUGAAGAUGUAUUAUUUAUGGUUUUUCUUUUUUGCUUUUAUAAUUAAGAAUUUGAUUGCCUUUUGUUUACCCUGAAAGAUUUAUUUGAGCAUUUUAUAAACAUAAUAUCUCGGGGAUAAUGUCUGGGCCAAAUAUUAGGAAAAGCACAUGUUAGCUGAAGAGUGGAAUGUUUAGCCUGGCUCUCCAGCUUCCGUAAGCUUCAGGGAAAAUGUGUUGGGCUGUGACAAAAGUUUCAGGACAAUGUCUAAGUUGACAUUCAAUCAUUAUUCUCUAGGCCAUAUCAGUUAUGGCAGCUAAAUCAUCUAGAAUGAAUGAAUACUUGAAAAGCCAAUUGUAACACUUUUCCCUUGCAGAACGCAUCUCAUUUCUCAAUUGUCUUUUAAACUGCUCUGUAAUCACUUGAAAUCUGUAGCUCGGUGAGUAGGUAUCAUAAUUAUUUGUAUUCCUUGCAUUCUGGUCUCGAGCCCAUUUGAGCCAACUAGCUGUGGGCAUCUCAGAUGUCGGUUGGUACGUCCUCUGCUAUCCUCCAGGAAAGCCAAGGCUUCAUGAAUUUGAAACAAGUCCUGAGAGCAAAGGCAGAAAAAGUCGAGUGUAAACAACCGCUCCAGAACAUAUCUAGCUCCUUAAUAAAGAAAUCAAUCUCUUUCUAGA